CAGUCAGAGCGCCGUUAGCCGCAGGACAACAGAGGAUAGGCUAGGACCCUGCCCGCCGGGAAACCAAAGGCUUCUCACUCAUGCCUUGAAAAAAGAGAGAGUGUGAAUAAGCAGUCAAUGGGGAGAAAUCCCAUUUAUCUGGAGAUACAGAAAUGAUUGAAACAAUGGAUACACAGCGUGCCUUGCAGGCGGUGGAGCGUCUCCAGGCCAAACUGAAGGAGCGUGGGGAGGUGCCUGCUGAGGAGAAGCUCAGUCUGCUCAAAUCAGUGCUCCAGAGCCCCCUCUUCCACCAAAUACUGGCCUUGCAGAAGUCUGUCCAGCAUCUCAGAGAGCAGGGGAGUGUCCCGACAUCACGUGGGACUGACCCUGUGGAACACAUCGCAACAGUGAAGCCCAAUGGAAGCCAUGUUCCCCAUUCAGAUACAUCUGCUGCCACACACAUUAAUGGCAGGACAUCAUCUGAAGAAUUUGAACACAUCAUUCAGUCCAUGGCACAGGGGCGCUAUGUGACUCAUGUGGAGCUGCAGAAGCCGUUGUCAGGAGGUCUGGGCUUCAGUGUGGUGGGUCUCAAAAGUGAGAAUCGCGGAGAGCUUGGCAUCUUCAUCCAAGAAAUCCAGCAGGGAAGUGUGGCACAUUGCGAUGGAAAGCUCAAAGAGGCAGACCAGAUCUUGGCCAUCAAUGGCCAGCCCCUGGACCAAACAGUGACCCAUCAGCAGGCUAUUAGCAUCCUGCAGACUGCUUCAGAGAGGGUGCAGCUCACAAUUGCUAGAGGCCCAAUACCUCAGCUGGCCAGUCCUGUGGUGUCCCGCACACCCUCUGCUGCCAGUACAGUGUCAGCCAACUCCAGUGCGUGGCAACACGUGGAGACAAUUGAACUGGUCAACGAUGGCACAGGCCUUGGAUUCGGUAUUGUCGGAGGCAAGACCACUGGGGUUAUUGUCAAAACCAUCCUUCCUGGAGGCAUAGCUGAUCAGGAUGGCCGCCUGCGCAGUGGGGACCACAUCUUGAGAAUUGGUGACACUGACCUGUGUGGCAUGGGCAGUGAGCAGGUGGCCCAGGUCCUGAGGCAGUGUGGCAAUCGGGUGAAGCUGGUGGUUACCAGAGGUCCUGUAGACGAGACUCCCUCUGCUGUCAUGCCGGUGGUGCUCCCCACUGUCACUGAACAACAGGGCUAUGAGGAAGAUGAGACUGAAGCGUUUGAUGUCAGUCUUGCAAAGAACACGCAGGGACUGGGGAUCACUAUUGCUGGAUAUGUUGGAGAUAAAAAUUCAGAGCCGUCUGGAAUUUUUGUUAAGAGUGUAACAAAAGACAGCGCCGUAGAUCAAGAUGGCCGCAUUCAUGUAGGAGACCAGAUAAUAGCUGUUGAUGGUGUAGACAUACAGGGAUACACCAAUCAACAGGCUGUGGAAGUGCUCAGACACACUGGCCAGACAGUCCAACUGAAGCUGAUCCGGAGGGGGUUCAGGCCGGAUGAGAUUCCCCCUGCUAUUGAUCCCAGUAUUACCAUUCUGCCCACUUCUACCACCAUCCCCACCACCAGCUCAAGCUCCGUCAUUAGGGAGCUUGAGCUGGAGAGGAAGAAGGCUGAGGAGGCUACUCAAGUCACCACAGAUAAAAAGCAGCUUCAGACAAAGAGUGAAGGAUCCAAUGUCAAGCCAGCCAUGGAUCAGCUGCCAGAAGACAAACAUGUGAUGAAGUUAACACUCUUUGAAGAAGAAGAACUAAUGGCAAAAUGGCAGGAGAUUCUUGGACCAAGUAAUGAAGUUAUAGUGGCACAAGUGGAGAAGUUUAGUGCAAACAGUGGCCUGGGGAUCAAUCUGGAAGCCAACAGUGGGCAUCAUUACAUCCGUUCUAUUCUACCUGAGGGACCUGUUGGUCGCUGCGGCAAGCUGUUCAAUGGAGAUGAACUGCUUGAGGUCAAUGGCAUAUCACUCAUCGGUGAGACCCACAAGGAGGUAGUUAGAAUCUUGAAGGAGCUUCCACUCUGUGUGUACGUCACCUGCUGUAGACCCUCCCCUCACCUGCAGACUGACAUGGAUGAUGAGGCUUUAUCCACACCCAAAUUCCAGAAACAACAAGACCUGAGCAGUGUACUGGUUGUUGAAGACCCAGAGGUGAACACAGCAACAACGGUACAGGAUAAUGUGACAGAGGAUGCAAUUGGAUCUCCUUUGGCAAUGUGGGAGCUGGAGAUCCAGAAUAUCGAGCUUGAGAAAGGAGAAGGGGGACUAGGAUUCAGUAUUUUGGACUACCAGGACCCACUGGAUCCUUCCAAGACAGUGAUAGUGAUUCGUUCUCUGGUUCCUGACGGUGUGGCUGAGCAAGAUGGCAGACUGUUACCAGGGGACAGACUUAUAUAUGUCAACUCCACCAACCUGGAGGAUGCCAGUCUGGAGGAUGCCGUCCAGGCCCUGAAGGGGGCUAAGCUCGGCAAGGUCCAGAUAGGAGUUGCCAAACCACUGCCUGGAAUAUGUGGAUAUUCCCACUGGCCACACUCAUAUUGUGAGCAGGAAAUAACAUCAUCAUCCACCAUCCAUUCAUUUGACUUCAACAGUAUUUUGGUUGAAGAAGGAGAGGAAGAAGAUCUGACUGAGGGCAUCGUUUACCGAGCAGAGCCUGCAUUGAUUGACACCAGUGAAACAGAUUUAUGUGAUGACAAGGUGUUAGAUCAUACUUACUCUGGGAUUGAAGACGACACCUUCCAAGCAUCAAUGAUUGCUCUUCAUGGCAGCAGCUGUAGCACGGACCUGGAUUACUUGCACUCCUCCACACCUAAACUGACAGCUCGCCUGGACUUGUUGGAUGAGCAUCCCUGUUUUACAGCAUUGUCCAGCUUCGGAGAGAAUACUCAAGCGUUCUCACCAGAGAAACCAGCAUCUUUCUCUCCACCGAGUUUGAGAGGUCACACCCCGACGUACAAUGCCAUAUUUGGCAGUUCAGAUCAGUACCUGACUCAUCCCACAACCACAGAAGAACCAGAGGAGGGUAUAAACUCAUACAGCCCGUUUGCUGAAAUAGGGACCAGAUCCAAUGCACAAGAGGAAACUAUGAAAUCCAGCCACUACCAAAAUGAACCACCCAUCUCUUUUGGAGAUAUUGGAGACAUAGAGAUUCUGAUGAAGGACGAGGAGGCCGGUGUGAAACAAUCAGCAGAAGACGGUGACAAGGAAGUACUGACUUCAGGGAGCAAUUUCGAAAGGACUAUCACAGUUGUCAAGGGCAAUUCCAGCCUCGGCAUGACAGUGAGCGCCAUAAAAGAUGGCUUGGGGAUGCUGAUCCGCAGUAUCAUUCAUGGUGGCUCAAUUAGCCGUGAUGGGCGUCUUGGUGUUGGUGACCUCAUUCUGGCAAUUAAUGGAGAGCCCACUUCCAACCUGACCAACGUCCAGGCUCGGGCCAUGCUACGGAGACACUCUCUCAUUGGACCAGAUCUGGGAUCUGCUUGUUCACCUGAGGACGAUCUGUGCCCAUUUUAUGUCAUUACAUAUGUUCCAGCAGAGUAUCUAGAGGAGUACAAGUCCAGCAUAGAGCAGGCACAAGUGGACGUCUUUUCCAGAGAAGCUUUGGCACCAGUUCCAGUUUCAAAAGAUAUUCCUAACCUCCCUGAGCGUGAAGAUGGAGAGGGAGAGGAAAGUGCCUCCUACAGCAACUGGAACCAGCCAAGGAAAGUGGAGCUGUUCAGAGAGCCAGGCAAGUCACUGGGUAUUAGUAUCGUUGGAGGCCGAGGGAUGGGCAGCCGCCUGAGUAAUGGAGAGGUGAUGAGAGGGAUUUUUAUCAAACACAUCCUGGCAGACAGUCCUGCUGGACAGAACGGGACCCUAAAGACUGGAGACAGGAUCGUUGAGGUGGAUGGAGCAGACUUAAGAGAUGCAAGUCACGAGGAGGCAGUGGAGGCUAUACGCAGGGCAGGCAACCCAGUCUCCUUCUUGGUACAGAGUAUUAUUCACAGGCCCAGGCCACCCCUGCCUUUUCUGCAGCUAAAUAGCCACCGUGGGUCGAGCCUUUGCUGCACUAAUCAAACCUACUUAGCUCCUGCCCUCCCUCAGUCACUGAUAACAGACUCUGGUGAGGAGAGGGCCGCAGCUGUAACAAGGGACAAGGACAAGGAGGGUGACAGUAGACUUUUCCUCCGCCUCUCCCCAACUAACCCUUUCACUCCUACCCCAUUUAAGCCGGCAAAGCGCGAAGCAGCAAAGGCAUCUCCCACCAGCACUGUCCUCCCCCUGCCAGUGGUGCCCCAUGUGGGAGAGACUGAUACAGACACACUGACAGAGAUUCCUGGCAGACCUGCUGAGGCAGAGGAGGAGAACGAAGAGGAGGAAGAGGAGGCGGAGGAUGAGUUUGGAUACAACUGGAAGAACGUGAUCCACUGCUAUGGCAGCCUCCCAGGUGUCCUACAUAUGAUUGAGCUGGAGAAAGGAAAGAUGGGCCUGGGCCUCAGCCUGGCGGGGAACAGAGACCGAGCUCGCAUGAGUGUGUUUGUGGUGGGAAUAGACCCCAAUGGGGCAGCUGGCAAGGACGGACGUAUGGUUGUUGGGGAUGAGCUGCUGGAGAUCAAUGGACAAGUCCUUUAUGGCCAUAGUCACCAGAAUGCAUCCUCCAUAAUCAAGAGUUCUCCAUCCAAAGUCAAAAUCAUCUUUGUCAGGAACACAGAGGCGCUGAACCAGAUGGCUGUGGGACCUGUGAGAGAGCGAGAGGGAGACACAGUGGAGCCCCACACUGAGCCGGAAACAGCUGAUGAUAACGGGGAUGCUUUAAAAUAUGCCCAUCAUAUCACACAUUUGAAGGAGGAUGAUGGACUAGGAAUCACCUUUGCUGAGGGAAAUGCUGAGAGUGGAGAUCUGAUCUGCUCUUUGCAGGAGGGCUGCAUCAAACCAGAAAUCAAACUCUUGGCUGUGAAUGGUGAAUCAGUGGUGGACUACACUGAAGAAAAGUCCUCAUGCCAGGAUGGGGGUGGCUCAGAUGGAGUUAUCACCAGUUUGCCAAGCACCACCACAGCCACACAGAACCCUACAGAGACAGAAACAAUCACUAGUUUGAGUCGCUCCUCCACCCCUUCAACUCUGGCCUGUGACCCGGCGACCUGUCCCAUCAUCCCCGGCUGUGAGACCACCAUCGACAUCUCCAAGGGCCGAACAGGCCUGGGCCUCAGCAUUGUGGGAGGCUGUGACACCCUGCUGGGGGCCAUCAUUAUCCAUGAAGUUUAUGAAGAGGGGGCAGCCUCCAAAGAUGGCAGACUAUGGGCAGGAGACCAAAUCCUGGAGGUGAACGGUAUCGACCUGCGCGCAGCGAGUCAUGAUGAAGCCAUCAAUGUGCUGCGGCAGACACCGCAGAGGGUACGGCUGACGGUCUACAGGGACGAGGCCCAGUACAAAGAGGAGGACCUGUGGGACUCAUUCACUGUGGAGCUACAUAAGAAGCCCGGUCAGGGCCUGGGCCUCAGUAUUGUAGGGAGGAGGAAUGACACAGGAGUGUUUGUGUCUGAUAUUGUGAAAGGAGGUUUGGUGGACACUGACGGGCAACUGACGCAGGGAGAUCAGAUCCUGUCAGUCAAUGGGGAGGACGUCAGGUCGGCCACUCAGGAGGCCGUGGCCGCACUACUGAAGUGCUGCGUGGGGCCCAUAACAAUGGAGGUGGGGAGGUUUAAAGCCGGUCCCUUCCACUCUGAAAGACGACUGUCACAAAGUAGUCAGGUGAGUGAAACAGGAAGUUCCAAGGUCGCCUCUCUGUCCUGUUUAGACUCCGCAAAUCUUCCUGGUAACCCUGACAAAAUAGGCCAAAGUCAGGAAUCACCAGAGCAUCAGGACACCAGAAUGGUGGAGCUCACUAAAGGGCCCAAUGAUUCUCUGGGGAUUAGUAUAGCAGGUGGUGUGGGCAGCCCUCUGGGUGAUAUACCCAUCUUCAUCGCCAUGAUGAAUCCCAUUGGCCUGGCCGCUCAGACACAGAAGCUCAAGAUUGGGGACCGAAUCGUCAGCAUCUGUGGAACCUCUGCUGAAGGCAUGAGCCAUUUGCAGGCCGUCACUCUGCUGAAGAAUGCUACAGGCACAAUACAGCUGCAGGUGGUAGCAGGCGGUGACACAACUGUGACAGGCCCCUCUCAGGAUCAGCCAGCUGUAGGUCUCACACCAAGCUGCAUCUUCCAGGAUGACAUUGGUCCACCUCAGUAUAAGAGCAUCACUCUUGAAAGAGGACCAGACGGACUAGGUUUCAGUAUAGUUGGAGGGUACGGAAGUCCUCAUGGAGAUUUACCCAUCUAUGUCAAAACUGUCUUUGGAAAGGGAGCAGCGGCGGAGGACGGUCGCCUGAAACGAGGAGAUCAGAUAAUGGCGGUGAACGGGCAAAGUCUGGAGGGCGUCACUCAUGAAGAAGCUGUGGGCAUCCUGAAAAGGACUAAAGGAGGCGUCACGCUCACUGUGCUUUCAUAAACACAAACAUUGUUCUUCACUAUGUUUCCUACAGGUGUCACGUCACUCACACAUCAACAUAUCACUACCAGGUGAUUGUGUUAAAACCACCAGAGCUGUGAAAAUCUGCAAAUAUUUGCAAAUAGACACUGAUUAUCAUGAAGUAGCACGUUGUUCAACGUAGAUUCGAACGUUUUGAUUAAUUUUAAGUCUACUGAAAGUCGACUGACUGACAGUACGCAGAUCCUAUAAUAAACUGUACCCAUAUUGUUUUCUAAAAUAAUACGUAACAAAUACAUAUGAUUUGAUUACUUGUGUUUUAAUUAGUUAUAGGUCGUAAACAGUAUUAGAAACACUAUCCACUGAACACUCUGUAUUUAGAUAUGAGUACUUUACAAUAGAGAACAUGCUCAAGCAAUAUCAAGUAUUUCUACAAUGGAGAGGUCUAUUUUCCAAGCUGUUUUUUACAGUGUAACCUCCUGCUAAGUUCGGAGCAUGAAACAGCAUGAAAAUACCCUUUGGGCAAAUAACAGAUAAGCAUGACUUAGCUAAUGACUGCAUUAGCUGAAAAUAGCAUUAUUUGCCUUUCACACUGCACUGCUGUCGGUUAUUCAUAACAAUACCUUGAAUUUCCUGCAAAGUUGAUGUUGCUGUAAUUGUAUGGCGAAGUCAUUGUGGUUAUUUAGUGCUGAAGGCUAAAUGUCUGCCCUUGUAAAUACACUGUAUUAUCACACAUUUCUGAAGGGAAAUGACUGUGAAAUCCUUGAUGUGUGACUAUGUACCCAUUUGUACCCACUCGAUGAGGAACCGACUCACUGAGAUAUAGUGCUGCUACACCCGAUGCAAGGUAUUACAUCACAGUACUUACGUUUUUUAAGUAUUAUUCAAUGUUCACUCUGUGUUCACUGCUAUUUGUGUUGGAGUGGAACGUGAGGUUCUUGUAGCCAGGUAGAUUUUAAAAUGACCAUGAGCUCAUUUUCACCUUGACGUCCAAAACAAAUACAUACCGAAACAAGCAAAUACUAAGUUCACCUAAUGUCAGAGACAUUUGUCAAUUUUAACACCUGAACUAUGGAUCCAGUAUUGUUGGAGUGACAGUAUUGAAAUUAUUCACACUGAAAUAAAUAAAAGUGACCUUUGGAUUGAA